AUGCCUCGACUCCCCGGCCGCGCGGCGUUCCCCCUCUGCGUGGUGCUGCUGACCGCGCUGCUGGCCGCGGUGCGAGGGCUCCCCCUGCGGAAGCCGCGGGGCCCCGGCUGGAGCCACGUGAGGCUGGCGGAGGUCUCGGCCUCCCCAGACCCCAGCUCUCCUAGAGAAGAAGAGGAGACCCCUCUACUCUCCAGAGCCCGCCUCCAGGCAGGGCUGCGCCGACACAGACGCUGGGCUCUCACUGAGCCAGCAGCCCUGACCCUGGACAAGACCUCCUUGCCCGGGACCCUGGAGGACGCUCCCUUGCUGCUGGAGCUGCAGAAGCUGCCGGGAUUGGCCAACACAGACUUGAGUGCCCCAAACCCCAAUAUCCAGGUGACCAUCGAAGUGGUGGAGGACCCCCAGGCUGAGGUGGAGAUGGACCUGCUGGCUGAGCCUAACAAUCGCUGGUCCCAGGGUGCCCCCAGCUGGCUGCCUGCCAAGGAACUCUUCUGGCCCCUAUUCUGGGGCUACCUGGAGGGCGAGGAAGGGAGGCCCAGUCUCAAGGGCAGAGCCCCAGGGGAAGAGGAGGAAGAGGAAGAGGAGGAUUACCCUCCAGAGUACAGUGAGAGUGAGGACCAAGAGGACAGCGAUGGGGAAGACGAUGAUGCCGACCAGGAGCGUGGAUUCAGUGGGGCCGCAGGAGGCUGGGAGCAGGGCUGGCUGUCCCCCAGGGACCGGGCCUUCAAGGAGCCUGAUAGUUAUGGCGCUGAGGACAAGGACCCGUCGGGCUUCCCCAGUGAGGGGUGGCGGCCCCUGGCCCACAAUGCUACGGACAUGCUCAGCCCAGAUGUGGACAGCUGUGAGAAGUGGCUGAACUGCAAGAGUGACUUCCUAGCCAAGUACCUGAGCCAGGUGCUGCGGGACCUGCCCAGCUGCCCGUGUGCGUACCCGCUGGAGGCCGUGUCCAGCGCCGUGAGCCUGCAGGACGAGCACCAGGGCCGCAGCUUCCAGUGGAGGGACGCCAGCGGCCCACGCGAGCGCCUGGACGUGUACCAGCCCACGGCCCGCUUCUGCCUGCGCUCUCUGCUGUCCGGGGAGAGCAGCACGCUGGCCGCCCAGCACUGCUGCUACGACGCGGGCAGCCGGCUGCUGACCCGAGGCAAGGGUGCCGGCGCACCAGACCUCGUCAGCACCGACUUCUCGCCCGAGCUGCACUUCAAGGUGGACACGCUGCCCUGGAUCCUGUGUAAGGGGGACUGGAGCCGCUACCACGCUGUGCGGCCCCCGAACAAUGGCCGGGCCUGCACGGACAACCCCCCCGAGGAGGAAUACCUGGCGCAGUUGCAGGAGGCCAAGGAGUUCUAAUGAGGGCUGCUGUGCUGGAGAACUUUCCUCGUGGGCCGCUCACCCUGCCUGGCCCAGACCUGGUGAGGCCAGUCUGGUGCCUCGAGCCCUCUGCCUUUGAACCCGAGGCGGGGAGGUCAGCACCCCAGGUGUCGGUGUGGGGUUGGGGAGAAGGUUGAAGCGUGUAUAAGGCCCAGGGUGAGAGGAGGGAGCUCAGCUCCCAAGACCCCCGGGGCUGCCAGG